AUGCUUAAAAACCCUCCAAAUGGCUCCCCAUUUCACUUACAGGAGACCCAAGCUCUUACUAUGGCUAUAGGAGCCACCCCAGCAGGACCCUGCUCACUUCUUCCCUUCCAUCUCUUUCCAACUCUACCCACCUUUCUCCACAUUAUUUGGAGUGGUUCCGUCUGUCCUUGAACAUGCCCAGCCAAGCUGCUUCCUGCCUUGGGGUCUUCGUACCUGCUGUUCCUUCUGCCUGGAAUGCUGUAAUCAGAUCCUUCAAUGGCUGUUUUGUCCUCAUUGUCUCAACUUAAAUUUUAGCUUCUCAGAGAGACUCUCCCAUACACAUAACGUGAAAAAAAAAAAAACCCAAAAAACCUUCUGUAUGGGGUUGUCAGAUUUAGCAAAUAAAAAUACAAAACACUCAGUAAAAUUUGAAUUUCAGAUAAACAACAAAGAGUAUUUUGGUACGUCUUGUGCAAUGUUUGGGACAUACAUAUACUCAAACAUUAUUCAUUCCUUGUUUAUUUGAAACUCAAAUUUAAUUGGCUGUCCUGCAAUCUAUCUGGCAACCCCACCUCCACAGCCACUCUGUGUGAUCUCCUGUUUUAUUUUCUCCGUGGGACAUUUCACCAUUAGAAAUUCUGUUUGAUUCUUCCACUGGAACAUGGGCUCCAUGAGGGUGGGGCCCUCUCCGCCUUGCUCACAGCUGCAUCCUCAGAGCCUAUCAUAUGGCGUGACACAUAGUAGGUGCUCAAUAAAUAUUUGUUAAGUAUUUGUUAUAAAGGAAAAAUAGAAAAAUAAAAAGCUUAAAGAGGUUGGUAACACAUCCAGGGCAUACCGCCAGCUGGAUGAGAUUGGAAUUAGACAAUACGGUGCCAAAGCUCUUCUGAGUUUUCCACAUUUUGGGGUGUGGAAGGCAGUGGAGUUGAGAAGGGGCAUUGUGUCACCUGCCAUUCAAGAGGCUCUCAGUAGAAUCAGAAGACCCUGGGAGCAGUAGAUUUCGGGAGAAACAAAGUCUGAAUGAGCCUUUCCCAUUUGCUUUGCACGUAACCAAAGGAAAAUGCACUUGAGUGAAAAGAACAAGGUACUCUGCGUUUGGAACGGGGUCAGAGGCAGUGCGCACCCUCCACGUCUUCGGACACGGUCAACUCCCUGCAACUUGAGGGCUGGCUUUAUUGUCAGACUCCGGAAACCUCUAGACCCGGAUCACAAGAGAAACUAACGGCACAAGCAAAGAGCGGGGAGGGGCGGAUCGGGAUGAAGUCAAGACAGAAGAAAUCGAACUCUGGUCUUGGGCCCAGGCCGGGGAGCAGGGCGGGGGCAGCGGCGUUCAGCCUCAGAACUCGGUCAGCUUCACCUCUUGGUGUGGACAGCGGGCGCUUCACAGGACCCACUGAAGGCGCAUAAUCUCCACUCGAGCUCACUUCGUCGGACCUAGGAUGACUGCCGGAGGGCGAGUCUAGCGGCCGGGCCGGAGCUAGCUGCGUGGGUAACUGUGGCCGGAUCCUGGGGAGCAGCCUGGCUCUGGUCCCUAACCAGCUCCACCCGGCUCUCGCCUGCGCGUCCUCCCACCCAGGAGCUGGAGGACGGUCCCGGGGCGCGCCGAGGGUCUUCAGCCCGAUCCUCCCUGUUGUGUGAGUCGCACGCGCGUCCAGUUCGGAGGCAGCCGCCCCCGCCGCCGCUGACAGGUGCUGCCCGGAGGGCGUCGGGUGCGGUCCCAGGCGCAGCUGGAAACGCACGCCCGGUGCGUGUAGCGUCCCGAGCCCGGAGCCAGAGAGGAGAGGGGGCCGGGGCGCGGCCUGGGGGACUCCAGUGGACUGGAGCCGCGGAGCGCGGAGCUAGAAACUUUGCGGCGGCCGAGAUUUGGCUACAGCGCCAGCCCACCCCCGCAGGUGCGGGAGGAAGAGGCCGCGCCGGAGUCCCGCGGCCGGAGAGCCUCGGCGGCGGCGGCGUCUUUCCCCCGCGCUGGCCUGAAGCCGCCGGUCACUCCCGGCUUCUGCUGCUGCGUCUGCCGUCUUCGCCGCCAGCGCGGGGCUCCGGCAGGAGGCGCGGCCGGAGCAGGCGGAGAAGAAGGAGGAGGAGGAGGGGAGCUGAGGAGCAGGGGGUGGAGGAUGGAGCCCCGGGCUGCCGCGGCGGGCUCGCCCGAGCCUGCGGCGGCGUCCUCUUCCUUCCAGGCCCGGCUCUGGAAGAACCUGCAGCUGGGGGUGGGCAAGAGCAAGGGCGGCGGGGGCGGGCGCGCGGGGGUCCCCGAGCGCCGCACUGCGGCCACCCCGUCGCCCUCCCCGCCACCCCCGGGGGGUAGGCGGGACGCACUGGCCGGCUCGGGUGGCGCGGGCAGCAGGUGGAGCGGCUUCAAGAAACGGAAGCAAGUGCUGGACCGCGUCUUCUCCUCCUCCCAGCCCAACCUGUGCUGCUCCUCGCCGGAGCCUGUCGAGCCCGGGGGUGCUGGCAGAGCGGAGCAGGGGUCCACGCUGCGCCGCCGGAUCCGCGAGCAUUUGCUUCCCGCGGGAAGGGGUCCGCUGGCAGCCGCCGGAGCAGCCGGAGUGACGCCUCCUGGCGGACGCUCCCCGGACUCAGCUCGCUCUUCGUCCUCUGCCUCAUCCUCCCUGUCCUCCUCACCCCAGCCGCCCCCGAGGGGGGACCGCGCCCGAGAUGAGGGUGCACGGCGUCGGGGCACCGCGGCGCACUUGUGCCAUCAGAAGAGUUCCUCCCUGCCGGGCACCGCCUGCUUGGAGCAGCUGCUGGAGCCGCCGCCGCCGCCUCGAGCUGAGCCAGCACGGAGCCCAGCAGAGCCGCGAACCGCGGAGAAGGGCGAGGAGCGCGGCAGCAGCCGGAAAAUAAAUACUGCUGGAACCAGUAAUGCAGAUGUCCCCUUGGCUGAUCCCGGAAUGUACCAAUUGGACAUUACAUUAAGAAGGGGUCAGAGUUUAGCUGCCCGAGAUCGAGGAGGGACAAGUGAUCCAUACGUGAAGUUUAAAAUUGGAGGAAAAGAAGUUUUUAGAAGUAAAAUAAUACACAAGAACCUCAAUCCUGUGUGGGAGGAGAAAGCUUGCCUUCUUGUUGAUCAUCUUAAGGAGCCGUUGUAUAUAAAGGUAUUUGACUAUGACUUUGGACUACAGGAUGACUUUAUGGGCUCAGCCUUUCUGGAUCUCACACAAUUGGAGUUAAACAGGCCCACAGAUGUGACCGUAACACUGAAAGAUCCCCAUUAUCCUGACCAUGAUCUUGGAAUGAUUUUGCUCUCAGUCGUCCUUACCCCUAAAGAAGGAGAACACAGGGGUGUGCAGAGUUCAAUCCACAGCUUUCUUCAUUGGAGGAUUUAUGAAAUAAAAACAAUGCUAAUGAGGAAGAGUUGGAAAAGAUCAAGUAAGGAACUCUCAGAAAACGAAGUGGUUGGAUCUUAUUUCUCUGUGAAGUCAUUCUUUUGGAGGACAUGCGGCAGGACUGCUUUUCCUGUCCUGGGCUUCUGCAGAGCAGAGCUUCAGAAUGCUCAUUACCAAAAUGCACAAUUUCAGACCCAAAGUUUACGUCUGUCAGACGUGCACAGAAAACCACAUCUUUGGAGAGGAAUAGUCAGCAUCACAUUGAUUGAGGGGCGAGACCUCAAGGCGAUGGAUUCAAAUGGGUUGAGUGACCCCUAUGUGAAGUUCCGGCUUGGGCAUCAGAAGUACAAGAGCAAGAUUAUGCCAAAAACUUUGAAUCCUCAGUGGAGGGAACAAUUUGAUUUUCAUCUCUAUGAAGAAAGAGGCGGAAUCAUUGAUAUCACUGCAUGGGACAAAGACGCUGGGAAAAGGGAUGACUUUAUUGGCAGGUGCCAGAUCGACCUGUCAGCUCUCAGUAGGGAACAGACACACAAGUUGGAGCUGCAGCUGGAGGAAGGGGAGGGGCACCUGGUGUUGCUGGUCACCCUGACAGCUUCGGCCACAGUCAGCAUCUCUGACCUCUCUAUCAACUCCCUGGAGGACCCGAAAGAACGCGAGGAAAUAUUAAAGAGAUAUAGCCCAUUGCGGAUAUUUCACAACCUGAAAGAUGUGGGAUUCCUCCAGGUGAAAGUGAUCAGAGCAGAAGGGUUAAUGGCCGCUGAUGUCACAGGUAAAAGUGACCCAUUUUGUGUGGUUGAACUGAACAAUGAUAGGCUGCUAACACAUACGGUCUACAAAAAUCUCAAUCCAGAGUGGAACAAAGUCUUCACAUUCAACAUUAAAGAUAUCCAUUCAGUUCUUGAAGUGACAGUUUAUGAUGAAGAUCGGGAUCGAAGUGCUGACUUUCUGGGCAAAGUUGCUAUACCAUUGCUGUCCAUUCAAAAUGGUGAACAGAAAGCCUACGUCUUGAAAAACAAGCAGCUGACAGGGCCAACAAAGGGGGUCAUCUAUCUUGAAAUAGAUGUGAUUUUUAAUGCUGUGAAAGCCAGCUUACGAACAUUAAUACCCAAAGAACAGAAGUACAUUGAAGAGGAAAACAGACUCUCUAAACAGCUGCUACUAAGAAACUUUAUCAGAAUGAAGCGUUGUGUCAUGGUGCUUGUAAAUGCUGCAUACUACAUUAAUAGUUGCUUUGACUGGGAUUCACCCGCAAGGAGCCUCGCUGCGUUUGUGCUCUUUCUCUUUGUUGUCUGGAACUUUGAGCUCUACAUGAUACCAAUGGUUUUGUUGUUACUAUUGACAUGGAACUACUUCUUGAUAAUAUCAGGGAAAGAUAACAGGCAACGCGAUACAGUAGUGGAGGACAUGCUAGAGGACGAGGAAGAAGAAGAUGACAAAGAUGACAAGGACAGCGAGAAAAAGGGAUUUAUAAAUAAAAUCUAUGCCAUCCAGGAAGUAUGUAUCAGUGUCCAGAACAUCCUAGAUGAAGUUGCUUCCUUUGGCGAAAGGAUAAAGAAUACUUUCAACUGGACCGUCCCAUUCUUAAGCUGGCUGGCCAUUGUAGCCCUCUGUGCGUUCACAGUCAUCCUGUACUUCAUUCCGCUGAGAUACAUUGUCCUUCUCUGGGGCAUCAAUAAAUUUACAAAAAAGCUGCGGAGUCCAUAUGCAAUUGAUAAUAAUGAACUACUUGACUUCCUUUCCAGAGUCCCUUCAGAUGUGCAAGUGGUGCAAUACCAAGAACUGAAACCAGAUCCUUCUCAUAGCCCAUGUAAAAGGAAGAAAAACAAUCUUGGCUAGCCAGCUCCCAGCACUGAGGAGACCAGCAUCUGUUUAGGAAGAUAAAAGGAAAAGCCUUCAGCCUGAGCCGCAUUUCCUUUUCUUUCUGUUUUUUAUUUAUUUUGCCAUUUUACCAUGAUUGAGAGAAUUUGUAAAUAGUGUACAAAGGCAUAUGUCUUUGAAAAUAUACUUCCAUUGUACAGAAUCAAUUUGAUAAAGGUUUAGCUAUUGCUGCGUGAAAACCUUGUUAGCUGUGCAUAAUAAUAUAACACAUUGGAACAACAAAUGUAAGAAUGGUAACAUUGGGAGAUACACAUUUCUCUAAUUACAAGUGUAAGAACUAGAAUAUUAAAUGCUCAGCUGUGCUCUGAUUAAAUCUACAUAAAAUGUAAAUGUCAAUUUGAUUUUAAAGUUUUUUUUAAUGUGACUAUUUUUUAUCUGAAAAAUAAUCCAUUACAGUUUUCUAUGUUUUAUACAUUUCAAAAGGGAGGAGGGAUCCCAGAGCCUAAAUAAUGGAACAGAUGCAUUUCAACUUAACAUAGAUUCGGAUCCUGAUAUUCAUUCCUGUGCAAAUUAUUUAGAUAGAUAUGACUAGGCUGACUUCUUUAAGCUAAAGAGUGAAGGUAUAUUCACCUCCUCAAGAGAAUCUUCCACACACUGAAAUCCUACAAAGAAAAUUUCCAAAUCUUCUAUCAUUCCAUCUAAAACCUUAAAAUCUCUACAGGACUACACAAAAAAUACUGCCAGGUUUAUAAAUGAUGAUUGCCUAUAAGGAUUUUUAUACCAAUCACUAUUAAUUUGUGCCAAGUUAGCAAAUUAGCAACCCAGUUCAGUCGUCAAAAAUCUAGCAAAUUAAAUCCACAUUGCCUUUGGUGUCAGAUUAUGCCUCUGUGCAUCUAAAACUAUUUAAUACUCAAGUGUUCUCACAGAAAAAAAAAAUGUAUCUACUUUGUUAUUAGGUUACUGAACUGCUUUAAUAUGCAUAUUAUGAUUUUUGUUAUUAGUGUGAAUUUUAACGUAGAGGAGAAUGCAGUGUGCUAAGUGAUAUGCCAGUGUUUCAUUACCAUUCAUUUAUAGAAAAAAAAUCAUUCUUUAAAAUAUGAAUGCAUGAAAACCUAUUUUGUAAAAUAAACUGCUUAUGGGGAAGGGGAGUUUGCCUCUGAAAAUGUUUCACUACUUACCAUAGAAUCUAUACUUAAAAAUUGCAUUCCCGACUCUCAUGUAGUUUUUGUACCUAACUUCCUGGUAUAUCAAGGGAGUAUACCUCUAGAGAGACAGAAUUUGGUGAGAAUGUCUUACUUCCCUGACUUGGUAGGGGAUUAAGCUUGGUUGAAAUUGCUGCAGUGUUUUGCACUACUUUAUUAACAAUGGACUGGGAUAGGGUGAAGGUGGCGGUCAUGCUGGAAAAAUGUAGAAAAACCAGAAGCGAGAAAUAUAUAUUUCACUCUAUAGGAAGAUUCUUUAAAAAUAAAUUUAAUCUCAUCAAAGUUGAUUUUUAAAGUAUUUUUAUUUUAAAGCUAUGUUGUUAAAUACUGUUUCUUAUGAUAAAACUAUUUUGAUCUGUUUAUACACUAUGCUUGAAAGAAUGUCAAUUAAAUUCCCUUUCUACAGAAAGGCUUUGACCUCAAUAUGCUCUAUUUAGCGCAUCACGUUUAUAAUGACAUGCUUACAUCCACAUACCAUCAUCGUUUGUUGUUAAGACAGAUGUAAUACUUCAUGAAGUUGAUGUUGCUACAGGAAGUUUACUGAUGGAAUAAUUUGUUUGAAAUAACUUUUGAUUAUACUCUGUGUGAGAUUUGUGUUCCGUGCUGACAUUGUCUACUCAAAUGUCUACAAGCCUGAUAUUCUAACACCUCAGAUGUACCCACUGGAUAGCAACCAUUAACAGAUGACUAAUUUCUGUUUCAUGCUAUUAAAUUUCAGAUGUUUAGUUCAAUGGUAAGGUUGACUAUUCACUGCAUUAA